AUGGCCCUGAAGAAUAGUUGUGAGGAGGUGAGGAAAGAGGUGGUUCAGCUUAGACAGGAAGUGAAGACGUUAACUGAGAGCAUGGAGACUCAACAGAAACAUAUAAAGAAAGAACAACAUGAGUUGGAGAAUUUAAAAGAUCUUGUUGAAAGCAAUGCGGAAGCAGGACCUGCUGAGCUGGCUCAGGUGCUUCUCAUACCUGUUCAACUGGGAAAGGAGAUCAACAGGGUCGCCCACAAGAAAUCGGAGCUGGAGAAGCAGGUUGCAGUAAUAGAGCAACAACGUAUGGAGCACACGGAGCAUCAGCAGAGGAUGGAGGCUAAGUGCAAGGAGGUGAAGGAGGCCAAAAGAGAGGUGGUACGAGAACUGGAAGGCCACAAGUCUUGGCUGGUGACUGCAGAGAACAUACAAGACAGACUCCUCAAAGAACUGCAGAUGACCAAAGAAAAAGAGGCCAUCUUCAUGGAUCAAAGUAAAUCUGUGGUAUUGAUUGUUUUGGACUACAGGGGUCUGCUUGACAUCAACAUGGAGCAGAUUGUUGCUGAGUGCAAGUCUCUGUGUGAUAAACUGGCUCGAGAUACACGGCUGAAAGACAAGUUUAUGCGAGCCCUGAAGAGGAAUGAACUGCAGCUGAAACAGGCCACAGACUCUCUUGCUAACACUCAACAGCAACAUGAGAGGACCCAGGCUCAGAGAGAGACAGUCCCAGAUGGUGACUGCUUGUUGCAGAGAAGAAGAGAUCUGGAAAAGGAAGUGGAAAACCUAAAACGCAGUUUGAUUAGCAAGAGUAGCAGUCUGGUAGGGCUGAAGGUCCAGCUGGUUCAAGAGUAUGUGGAACAGGAACAGGCUUUGAUUAGAGAGUCCUAUCGCCGUAGAGAUGAGCUUCAUCACCUUCAUCAUCUCAUAAUUAUCAAAGCAGAUGAAAGAGAGCAGAAGAGCCGUGAGCUUCUCAAACUAAAAUAUAAGCGUGUCAAGCAAGAUCUGCAGGGGAAAGGACUGGUUAUUCAAGAACACUUGAAACAGACUCAAGAGACCCAGUCAAGGCUGGGUGUGUUUGCUAAACUGUAUGAAGUCACCAAGGGCGAGCGGAACAAAUACCUGAGCCUGAUCCACAUCUCAAACCAGAACCUGGCAGAGGUGCAAGAGAAGCUGGCCAAACUGGAAGAAAAUCUUAAGACACUGCAAUCGAUUGUUAUCAACAAAGACAAGAUGCUGCAAAAGUCCCGUCUACAACACUCUCACAGCUACAAGCUCAGAGACCGUAUGAAGAAUCAGAUCUCAAGGGUGUUACAGGUUCUGCAAGAAAUGCACCAGAAACGAGAGGAGAAGAAAUUGAACCUCGGCAAACUCUCGGAGGCAAUCAACAUGCUGGAGCAAAAAAAGUUGCAUAUGUGCAAGAGCUACGAGGCUGCCAUGCAAGAACGCACCCAGUGGGCUGUGCAGCUUGUAGAAAAAGAGCAGGAAUUGUGUAUUUUCUAUGAGAAGCUAAAUGUGCUGGUGAAAAUGAUUGAAGACAGCAACCUGAAGAUACAGAACAUGGAGGAUGAAAUCAGCAACCUGAAAAUUGAACAGAAAGACCAAGAAAGACAGAACAACCUUCUCAUGAAACAGUUCUCCAGUAAACGGGCACUAGAGGAAGAAAGCAUCUUAUUACGGAUACAGCUGUCUGAGAUGAAAGACAGACUGACUGAGCUUGAAAAGGCUUUUGUGAACCAAACCAGAGCAAGAAAACUGAGUGGAAAAGAUCCGUCUCCUGAGGAGCUCAUCAAGAAGAUUGAACAGUUAGAGGUGCAUUUGGCAGAUAAGGAGAUUCAGCUCUUGGAAAUGGAGCUUGUGUAUGAGCAGGUUACACGCCUUUCCCAGCGCUUCCAAAUCAAAGCUGAGAAUGGUAAAGAAGACACGCUGCAUCUGGCUAAGAAAGUGAACGAGCUGCAGGCUCAGAUCAGGGAGCACACUUGUAAAAUGAUCGCGGUGGUAGCAGAGCUGUCCAUGCGACAGGCAAAGUGUAUGACCCUACAGCAGGAGAUGACAGACAAGGAACUACAGCUGGACUGUCAGAGGCGUGUGGAGCAGGGCAUGCCCCCCUCAGAUAGCAUAGAGGACGAGUGGCUGCGUUGCCUUCAAGAUCAGCACAGACGCCAGGCAGACGCAGAGAAAAAAGCCAGGCUGGCUGAGGAAGACGAGUUUCCAAACGGUGUUUACACCACGGCUGAGCUUCGACCAAAUGCUUACAUCCCCAUUGACGAUCCUUUGCCGGUGCCCAAACACUACGGAGCCCUGGCCCCCUUUAAACCCACCGAACCCGGUGCCAAUAUUCGCCACAUCCGCAAACCAAAGUACAAACCCAUUGAGAUCUAG